UCUGGUGAGGCCUGGUCUGCUGCAAAUGCAAUGAAACUGCUCACAGUAGCUAGAGAAAAUAUUGCAAUCAAGAUUUAUGAAAAAUAUUUAUCUAUACAAAGCAAAGCAAGAGGAUCAAAUAAAUGUAUUGAUCGAUAAAUAUAGUUUUACUACACCGUAAAUGCCGCUCUUCUCCUUGGCGGAUCACUCACAUCUCUCAAAUUUGUCUGUAAUCCGAUUUCUCUGUUUCUUCCCUCUUCUUUUUUUUCCCCGUACUUUCUAGAAUUCUGCAGAACAAUUGCUAGAAAUCGUUUUCAUUUUCUCUUCCAUCGAUCGACUCCUCUUCUUCAAGAUGUUUUUUUAAUUUAAUUGUGGGAUGACUGGUAGCAGUGAGAAGUGAAAUGGAUUCAGCGAGGAGUUGGUUUCAAAAAUUUCAACCGAGAGAAAAGUUCAGGUCUCCUUCGAGGAGGAAGGAGGGAGGAGAUGAGGAUAAUGAAGAUACGAUAUCGGAAAUGGAUGAGGAAGCUCAUUCCAAUGUCACCAAGCAGAAAGUUGCUGCGGCUAAGCGGUAUAUUGAGAAUCAUUACAAAGAGCAGAUGAAGAAUCUACAAGAGAGGAAGGAACGACGGACGACAUUGGAAAAGAAGUUGGCGGAUGCUGAUGUGUCUGAGGAAGAUCAGAGCAACUUACUUAAAUUCCUGGAGAAGAAGGAAACUGAAUACAUGCGCCUCCAGAGGCAUAAAAUGGGUGUUGAUGAUUUUGAAUUGUUGACAAUGAUUGGCAAGGGUGCGUUUGGGGAGGUCAGAAUCUGUAGAGAAAAAACAACAGGCCAAGUGUAUGCUAUGAAAAAGCUUAAGAAAUCAGAGAUGUUGCGCAGGGGCCAGGUUGAGCAUGUUAAAGCUGAAAGGAAUCUGCUCACUGAGGUUGACAGCAAUUGCAUUGUCAAACUGUACUGUUCUUUUCAAGAUGAUGGGUUUCUCUACCUUAUCAUGGAAUAUUUACCUGGUGGAGAUAUGAUGACUUUACUUAUGAGAAAAGAUACCUUGACAGAAGAUGAAGCUAGAUUUUAUGUUGGAGAAACAGUUUUGGCUAUUGAAUCUAUCCAUAAGCAUAAUUACAUCCAUAGGGAUAUUAAGCCCGACAACCUGCUACUUGAUAGAUAUGGGCACUUGAGGCUAUCUGAUUUUGGACUGUGUAAACCAUUGGACUGCAGUACCAUCCAAGAAGGAGACUUUUCAGUAGUAAACAACAAUAGUAAUGGGACUACACAGAAUGAAGAACGCCCAGCAGCUCCAAGGCGCACACAGCAAGAGCAAUUGGAACAUUGGCAAAAGAAUAGGAGGAUGCUUGCCUUUUCUACUGUCGGUACACCUGACUAUAUCGCUCCAGAAGUGCUAUUGAAGAAAGGUUAUGGGAUGGAAUGUGAUUGGUGGUCACUUGGUGCUAUUAUGUACGAAAUGCUUGUGGGUUAUCCACCUUUUUAUUCCGAUGAACCAUUGUCAACAUGUAAGAAGAUAGUAAACUGGAGAACACAUUUGAAAUUUCCAGAGGAAGCAAAAUUAUCUCCAGCGGCAAAAGAUCUUACUAGCAAACUCUUAUGUAAUGUCGACCAGAGAUUGGGAACAAAUGGCGCAGAAGAAAUAAAGGCUCAUCCAUGGUUUAAUGGGGUGGAAUGGGAUAAGCUUUAUCAGAUGGAAGCUGCAUUUAUUCCUGAGGUCAAGGAUGAUUUGGAUACCCAAAAUUUUGUAAAAUUUGAAGAGUCUGAGAACCAACCUCAAACUACAUCAAAAACUGGUCCAUGGAGAAAGAUGCUCUCAUCCAAGGACGUCAAUUUUGUGGGCUAUACAUACAAGAACUUUGAAAUUGUGAAUGACUAUCAAGUUCCGGGGAUGGCUGACUUGAAGAAGAAAGACACCAAGCUGAAGAGACCAUCUAUCAAGUCGCUUUUUGAAGGCGAGUCGGAGGCAAUAGAAUCAUCAGUUACAGCCCCUGGUGAUGAGACUUCUCGAGGGAGCUUUCUGAACCUCUUGCCUCCACGACUAGAAGUAUCUCGAAAUCAGAAUGAAACCAUUAUUAGAUUUCAUUGAUGGUACCUUCUGCAUUCGCAGUUGAUGUUGACACUUAUUUGAAGUUGAAGUGCUGGGUUUUGAGGCAACUUUCAGCUUUAGCUCUCCUUAGGCAAUUAGCGGUGCAUUUUUAUUUAUUUUAAUUAUUUGUUAAAAAAAUAGUAAAUACGAUACGAAUUCACUCAGUAUAUAGCAGGACGUACAAAUCCACUCUAACACAUAUCAUGUAUAUGUUUACAUGUGUUCUUCAGGUUGAUAAUAGGAAGGAAAAAAAAAACAUCUGUGUAAUCUAUUUGCUGAGAUGAUGCGCUGCAUAAUGAGUGAUGGGUGCACAGUUGUUGCAGAAAUUUGCUUUAUUCCUUCCUCGAAUGUGCUCCAGCUCCUCUUCUUAAUGAUUCAAGCAAUACUUUCGCCUCUGAGCUUCCUCGAAACCCUUUUUUAAAGAGUUGGUCGAGCCUUCUUUGAGGAGUUAAACCCGUGACCUCUCCUUUAAACGAGUAGUGUUGCUGCCAGUGGAGUUAGAGCCCAAGUGGCAACUUCCUUGAAACUGCUGUUUGCUACAAAGGCUCGAGUGUAUAUAUAGAUUCGAGGAGCCAUAAACUCUGAAUGCAUGGAAGAACGAUUGAAUAACAACAACAACAACAACAAUGAAUGAAUUGAAUAACUUUCUGUUCUACUUUAA